GCGGGGUUGCUGGUCUUUUUUGUCUCUCAGAUAAAGAAAAGUAUAAUAAGACAAGCAACAGCCAUGACCAUGGCCAUGACGAAGAUAAUGCGCAAGAGGUCGCUCUUCCUUCUUUUCCUCGACGGCAAAGAUGGGAUUCCUCAACCUUAGCGCCCGAAGCGCAGCAGCAGCAGUGCUUCUUCUGCUCCUCUGCGCAUCAUGGCCAUCCGCGCUCGCCUCGCCCGUGAAGCAACGCGCGCCUUUAAAGCCGCAGCAAACGACGCAGAACGGCGACGUCGCGUUCGGGCUCGGCGAGCAGUCCUACUUUGCGAAUCUGCAGCACCCCAAGAUCACGCUCAGCGGCACUUUCUCCGCCGCAGCCAGCCAGCAGAGGAGCCCUUCGGUGCUGCCGUUUACCGUGAUAUUCGCCGAGGACGAGGUCGUGACGGGCGAGUACCUGCAGGAUGCCAUCGCCCGCUAUGUAGCCGGCGACGAUGUGUUCUCCGAGGACUUUCUGGAGGGCCUGUAUAUCGCACACAACGGCACGAGUAGCAGCAGCAGCAGCAGCAGGCCGAGCCUGGAUGCGAGCGCGUUGGAAUAUCUGACUAGCACGAUCAAACCCCGGUAUUUGUUCCUAGACAGUAGUUUUAACGAAAGCUACUCCAUGGGCGAUAACAUCCCCAUCACCUACGUCUCGCCCCCGGACCGCGCGACCCUCGUCCCGGGGCCAUUCGCCGCCUCCAUCUCGUCUACAUCCGCCACUCUCGGGAUCGUGUACCGGCUCUACCGAGACACGCACCGGAACUUCCUAUACGGCACGUACCUCUCCGCCGGCACCUUCCGCCCCCUCGAGCUCACGCACUCGCGGUCCUGGGCCCCGCUGAUCCCCGUCCCCUCACGCAUCUACAGCUGGGGCGACGCACGACCGCUCGCCGGGUUCCGCGUGGCAAUCAAGGACCUCUUCGACAUGAAGGGGCUUGUCACCUCUGGCGGCAGCCUCGCGUGGGCCGAAAUCACCGAGGCAGCCAACGCGACGGCGCCCGCGGUCCAGCGCAUCCUCGACCUCGGCGGCGUGCUCGUCGGCAAGUACAAGCUGGCGCAGUUCGCGUCGGGGGCGAACCCGUGGGAGUGGCAGGACGAGCAGUACCCGUUCAACGCGCGCGGCGACGGCUGGCUCACGUGCUCCGCCUCCUCCUCCGGCGGGGGAUGUUCUGUCGCGGCGUACGACUGGCUCGACUUCGCGGUCGGCUCGGACACGGGGUCGUCGAUGCGGCGGCCGGCCGCUGUCUCCGGGACGUACGGCAACCGGCCGAGCCAGGGGAUGAUGGAUCUGAGCGGCGUCAUGCCGUUGGGCGCAGCGACCGACACGGCGGGCGUGUUCGCGCGGGACGUGCGCGGCUGGGUGCGCUUUGCGAAACACUGGUACGUGCCCGCCAUGCAGCAGGACCCCGCGAUCACGGGGCUGAGCCCCCUCGCCGCCCCCGACUCGCACGCCUUCCCGAAGCGCAUCCUGUACCUCACGGAUUACCUCCCGCUGAGGAACCCCGCCGCCGAGGCGAUCCUGCAGGCGUUCCUGAAGAACAUGACGACCGUGUUCGGCAUGACGCUCGAGAACUUCAACAUGACCGCCUUCGUGGCGAACGCUCCCGCCGACGUCCCGAAAUACGACGCCCUCAGCAACGCGACCGGCGUCAUCAACACGAUGACGCAGUGGCAGGAGGUCGGGCGGCCCCUCAUCACGGCCUGGAACGCUCGCUACGACGGCCGCUUCCCGCCCAUCGACGCCGCGCGGCGGCCCUGGCGGCUGUACAACGAGUCCGUCUUCACACCCGCACUAUACAACCGCUCCAUGGCCGCCAAGCGAGCAGCCGUCGACUGGUUCGAGUCCUCGGUGCUGUUCUCCACACCCGAGUCCUGCAGCGAGAGCAUCAUGGUGUGGGACAUCGGCACAGGCGGGCUCCCGAGCUACCGGGAGGCGGACAUGAUGACUGGGCACCCCGACACGACGGCCUUCCUCGCCGUGACGCCGCCGGGGGCCGGGAUCAACGGCGCGAGUCUGUGUCCGAUCUACGGGUGCGUGGACAUGACGAUUCCGAUCGGGCAGGUGCCGUAUCUGAGCAACAUCACGCUCGUGGAGGAGAUGGUGCCGGUCACGGUGAGCGUGAUCGCGAGGCGCGGGUGCGACUUUAUGCUCUGGAAUAUGUGGGAGCGGCUCGCGGACGAGGGCGUGCUGAGGGCGGUGAAGACAGGGAGGACGCCAUUCUGAGUUAGAGUAACGAGGGGGGGGAAGGGGAGGAUGCUGAUUCGUAAGAU